AAUUUCACAGAUUUAAGACUGUCUCCAGGGAAGAGGCAGAGAGACAGGGGAAGAAACCAUGUUGUAAGGCAACGCCUCAUCAUGGGUCUCACCAUGCGUCCCUACUGUCUGGGUUACCAUAUGAUGGUAUUAAGUCAGGAUUCCCCCCUGCUGUCUGUGAGUUCUUUAUAAAUUCCACACUGAGCUGGCAUCAUUUCCUCUUAAGUUGGUUGGACAUGAAUAAAAGCAUGAAUUCAAGCGAGUCAUGGCACCACACCACCUGCAAUGACACUCUCACCGUGAACGGCGAUGGCAAGCCAGCGACGAGCAUCAUCAUGUUUCUGGCCGGCGUGGUGGGAAACCUCCUGGCUCUGUUCAUCCUCGGCGUGCACCAGAGAGAGCAUCGCUCCCGGUCGUCUGUCUUCUGCAUCCUGGUGACAGGCCUGGUUCUCACCGAUCUGCUGGGCACCUGCAUCCUCAGCCCGGCUGUGUUCAUCUGCUAUGCCCGGAACAUAUCACUGAUCAGACUGGGGGGAGAAAGCCUGUGCAACCUCUUUGGCUUUGCCAUGAGUUUCUUCGGCCUGGCGCCCACGCUCGUCCUGUGUGCCAUGGCCGUGGAGCGCUGCCUGGCCAUCAGCCACCCUUACUUCUACUCUGUGCACAUUCGCCCCAACUUUGCAAAAUUCACUCUUGUCUUUAUUUACCUCUUCUCGUUGGCCUUCUGCCUCCUGCCGUUCACCGGCUACGGCAAAUUCAGACAGUAUUGUCCUGGGACGUGGUGCUUCAUCGACAUGGACGCCAAAGGGGACCAUGGCCACCCGGACCGCUUGUUGCUGGCCUUCUCUCUGUCCUACUCUUCCCUCAUGGCACUGCUGAUCUUUGCAGUGUUUGUGUGCAACGGUUCGGUGAUCGUCAGCUUGUGCCAGAUGCACCGGAGCCACAAGACACGGCGCGGCUCACUUGGGUUGACGGGGAGGAGGAAGAGGCCGAGCCUGGCCUGGUUCGGACAGGGCGAAGAGGAGAUGGACCACCUGGUGCUACUGGCGCUCAUCACCGUCAUCUUCGUGGUCUGCUCGCUUCCGCUUACUAUUGCAGGCUUCAUCAACGCCAUUCACCCGUUUCCCGGCGACAAGGAGAACCUCACGGCCUUCCGCUUCUACGCCCUCAACCCCAUCGUGGAUCCAUGGGUCUUCAUCAUCUGCCGCAAGUCUGUGUUUCACCACCUUUGCUCACUGCUGAACUGCUGCUUCAGCAGAGGAGCCGUGAAGACAACAGCACACUGCGCUCUGUCUUUACCCCUUGACAAUCACAUACAGCACAACCCCCCAGAUGUGACAGUUUCACAGUCCGCAUACUCCAGUUUACCUCUGUGACAGAAAUCCUCAGCUGGGGGGGACUUUCAAAUUCGAAAUACAUCGGGACAAUUUUGUGAAAUGGCAUUUUCACAAGGAAGUUCAUAAACGUUACAGUCUCUCCUUGUACUGACAUUGGAGAAAAGGAGAAAAUAUUGCACAAGGUGUUCAAUAUUCCUCUGACUGAUGAAAACUGUUUUAAAGUUGUUGGGACAGUUGUUCCAUUAAACAAACAGCACUGUUACUUAUCACUAAGGAACAUGUCAAACCAUAUCAUGCCUAUGAAUCAUAAACUGUAAAAUUAGCCUAUAUGCACUUGGGUAAAGCUCUCUGGGUAAAAAAUAUGCAUGCAUACUGUCCUCUUUUUUCUCUCUAUCAGUCAGCCUUUUCUUUAGGACAAAGCCAGGUGACUCCAGGAUGAUGGACUCACAUCUACAGCAUCUUUGAUGACCAGCAGCUUAUUUCAGUACCAGUCAUCAUGACAUGUUAACCAUUUCAUCAGACCAGUCAGUAAAAAUCCAGCCAUUAGCAUCCAUUAGUAUGUCUGAGCUAGACUAAACGUCUGCAGCAAUGCUAGAGGCCCUUGUUAAGUUUUUACUUAUUGAUUAGCGUCUGAACAUAAUAUGCUGAUGUUGAGAAAUAGACUGUACGAUGGAUGACAUGUCUCCACUUCCUCCAUUAUUUCAAAAAUGAAGCCAAAAUAUCCUGGAUAUGAACCAUGCCAUCUUGCACAUUUUGGAUCUAGAGUUGAGUAGCGAGGUAAAGCUGCUACUGUCUCAGCUGUUUUACACCAUUUUACUGCAUCAAAUAACUAAAUAAAACCAAACCAACUGCAAAAUUAAACACAAACAUCAGUGUGACGAAAACUACCUAAAAUGAAACAUUUAUCUGAUGUGUUCUUUGACUUUUUUGUUUGGUCCAUGUCCACUCUGCUCCCCUUACACUACUCCGCCCCUCCGCUCUCUUCACUGGUUACCAGUGGCUGCCCGCAUCCGUUUCAAGACACUAGUACUUGCAUAUCGUGCUGUGAACGGAUUGGGCCCAGUCUACAUCCAGGAUAUAGUCAAACCUUACACCCCAACCCAUCCUCUCUGCAUCCCCCAAUCGACAUGCUGCUCCCUCACUGCGAGGGACAGCUAGCCACUCAACAAAAUCACAACUGUUUGCUGUCCUGGCUCCGUGGAACGAGCUCCCCAUUGACAUCAGGACAUCAGAAAGUCUUCAUAUCUUCCGCCACAGACUAAAGACACAUUUCUAACGACUACACCUUGGUUAAGAAGAUGAUGUUUAGUUGCACUUAUGGCACUUACAUGUAGCAUGUGUAGUUUGGCUAUUUGGAAACAAAUUGUACUUCCUUGAUUCUUGCUGUUCUGGGUUUGUGCCCUCAUGGUUAAAUGCACUUAUUGUAACUCUAUUUGGA